AUGGGCGAACGAAAACACCGCGCUAACGGCGCCGGCACCGGUCCCAGGUCCCGGGCUGGACCCACCACCUCCGGCAUGGCUCUCGACGGCCGCGAAGGCUUCCCUUUCCCCCCACUGGAUGCCCUGUCUUCAUCACAAUACGACGAGCGUCAGAACAACCUUGACGGGGUUGAGGCUGGCAUAAGAAGGAGAGGCGUGACUCCAGAAUCUCAUCUCCCAAGCCAGCCGGCUAUGGCGUCCACGUCCAGCGACUUCGACCACUUUGGCCCGGAACCCAAUUCCAUAACUCCCGCUUCAUCACCACGGCCAGAAACCGAUCCCCAUGCCACCUCAUCUCACGCCGACAACCACGACUACGAUCCACGCCCCAACCCCCGCCCGCCCAAAUUCCGUGGCCCCGUCUUCACCCGCUCCUUCACAACCUUUGACCGUCAAAACCCGCACGCGGCCAACUCGCCGUUCCACGGCUUCUUCACGCUCUUCUGGAUGGCCGUGUUCCUGUUUGUCGUCAAGUUGGGUGCGUCGAAUUGGCGUGCACAUGGCAGUGUGCUGGGGACGAAUGAGAUUCUGACCAAGGUCAUGUUUGGGAGCUGGAAGGAGGUGGGCGUGUUGGCGGCUGGUGAUGGGGUGAUGUGUGGGUUGACUGGGUUUGGGUGGGUCGUGCAACGGAUGGUGGUGAAGGGGGAGCGGCUGAGGGGUUGGGAGAGUUGGGGUUGGGUGGUGCAGAAUAUCUGGCAGAUGGCGUUUAUCGGGGGUGUCGUGGGGUUUACGCGCCUGAGGGAGUGGCCGUGGACGCAUACGGUGUUUUUUGUGUUGCAUGGGCUUGUCAUGCUCAUGAAGCAGCAUUCUUAUGCGUUUUAUAACGGGCAUCUCAGCACCGUGUACAAACAGCGGAAGUGGUUGCUUGGAAAGCUGAAGGAGCUGGAGAAGGUGUCGCCUGUUGCCUCACCCUCGAUGACGGAACCUCCGGUGGCGGAUAUCGGUACCACACACCUGGCGAAGAUCCCCUCGGCGAAAGAAAGACGCUUGUCGCUGCCGCAUGAGAAUCUGCUAGACGUCGAAAAGAUCGUGACCGCGAUCGACUCGGGCGAGCCGCUAGAUCAAGAACAAAUACACGUCUUCGAACGCGUGCUCAAGUGGGAAGUCGACGCACUCUCGGACGAGUUGAAGGGCAAAUCGACCAAACCUGGGCGCGAGUACCCCCACAACCUGACCUUGGCCAACCAUUACGAGUACCUAUUCCUCCCCACAGUCGUCUACGAACUCGAGUAUCCGCGCUCCAAGUCGAUCAACUGGUACUACGCGGCCGAGAAGUUCGCGGCCUGCUUCGGUAUCAUCCUGGUUAUGAACCUGAUCUCACAAACCAGCAUCUACCCGGUGGUUAUGGAAACAGUGCGCAUGAAAGAGGAAGGAGUGCCGUUGGCCGACCGAUUCCGCGAGUUUCCCUGGAUACUGCUGGAUCUGAUAUUCCCGUUCAUGAUGGAAUACCUCCUGACGUGGUAUCUCAUCUGGGAGACGGUCCUGAACCUGGUUGCUGAGCUGACCUACUUUGCGGAUCGGGGAUUCUACAACGCGUGGUGGAACUGUGUCUCGUGGGAUCAGUUCGCGCGUGACUGGAACCGACCUGUACACAACUUCCUGCUUCGCCAUGUUUACCAUAGCUCGAUCUCGGCUAUGAAGGUGAACAAGCAUACGGCAACGCUCAUCACGUUCUUCUUAUCGGCGCUUAUUCAUGAACUAGUGAUGUGGUGCAUCUUCAAAAAGUUAAGGGGGUAUCUGCUGUUUCUUCAGAUGUGUCAGUUGCCGUUGGUCAGGCUUAGCCGGACGAAAUGGCUGCGGAACCGAGCAACACUUGGCAACAUGAUGUUCUGGUUUGGCAUAUUGACGGGGCCGAGUGUCCUUUGUAGCCUGUACUUGAUUCUGUGA